GUCGGCGUCGUUUCAUUGUUGCACUUGACAGUUCGCGUCGCUGUCAAAUAGCGGAGAAUGCCGGUCGUAGCGUCGGUGCUCGUGUGGAUUUGCGUUCGCCUCGAUACUGACGUAAUCCUGCGGCGCUUCGGGUAUUAUCUUCGCACAAGUAAUGUGUGAACGCUUCUUCGUUUCCUGAGCUGUGAAUGUCACGGCUAUAUUUCGACGGGUCAGCGUUCCACGACAUCGAUAGAGACAUAUUCCGGACGAUUCGGAAUAAGGUCAAGGGUCAGAUUGCGUUCGCUUCCCGGCGGAUCGGCGUGUUCAGAUGAUCCUCUCGUGUGACUGACUUUCGGCGGGGCAUUCAGCAGGCCCUUCAUGAGGCCGAUGGGUAGGAAACUUUUUCCACCAUGAAAGACGCCACGAACCUUGCACAGGUGCACGUCAUCUUCUGCGAGUCGUGACGCAGCUUGGCCUUUAAUUGGAGUGAAAUUCGACCGAAAGCUGACUUGACCCGGAAGAAUGGCGUGCGAGGCUGAGCGACGGAAAACGAGAGGCUGCGUCGAGCUUGUAGGUCGAUUUGCGUCCAAACGUAUGCCGAUUGUAGCGUGGCUACCGAGAUAUAACACCGAGAAGUUCCUCAGCGACGUUAUUGCCGGCGUCACGGUCGGUCUCACGGUUAUGCCGCAGGGACUCGCGUACGCAACACUGGCCGGCUUGGAGCCUCAGUAUGGCCUGUACUCGGCAUUCAUGGGGGCAAUGGUCUACGUGAUAUUUGGCUCCUGUAAGGACAUCACGAUCGGUCCUACCGCGCUCAUGGCGCUAAUGACGCACGAUUACGUGCAGGGGAGAAAUGCCGAUUUCGCCAUACUUCUCGCAUUCUUAUCCGGCUGCCUGCAAUUAUUAAUGGCAUGCUUGCGUUUAGGUGUUCUUAUAGACUUCAUCUCCAUACCAGUAACUGUGGGCUUCACGUCGGCGACGUCCGUUAUAAUCGUCGCCUCUCAACUGAAAGGCUUGUUAGGCCUGAAAAUCUCGUCGCAGGGAUUUCUGGACACUCUGGCCAAGGUGUUUGAAAACAUCAGCGACGCGAGUCUCUGGGACGCCACGAUGAGCUUCUCCUGCAUCGCGAUCCUGUUGUUCUUCAGGAAAAUGAAGGACAUCAAGCUAUACGCCGGCGGCAAAAAACCGAAGAGCUAUCAGCAUGUAAUCACGAAGACGAUAUGGCUGAUCUCCACGGCACGGAACGCUAUUAUCGUUAUCGUCUGCUCUGUCAUUGCUUACAAAUUUCACUCGCCCGAGUCUGAAUCUCCGUUCAUCCUGACCGGUCCCGUGAGAUCCGGUCUUCCGCCUCUCGGCCUGCCACCCUUCUCUACACGGGUGAACAAUCAGACCCUCACUUUCACACAAAUGUGUUCGGAACUGGGUACUUCCAUAGUGUUGGUGCCCAUAAUUGCCGUACUCGGCAACGUCGCCAUAGCCAAGGCUUUCGUGAACGGCGGCAAAGUAGACGCCACCCAGGAGCUACUGACCCUCGGCAUCUGCAAUGUUCUCGGGUCUUGCGCGAGCUCAAUGCCGGUCACAGGCUCGUUCAGUAGAUCGGCGGUGAAUCACGCGAGCGGUGUAAAGACGCCGAUGGGCGGACUGUACACCGGGAUCUUGAUCUUGCUGGCUCUCAGUUUGCUCACACCAUAUUUCUACUUUAUUCCAAAAGCUUCGUUGUCAGCCGUGAUUAUUUGCGCGGUGAUAUAUAUGAUCGAGUAUGAAGUUGUCAAGCUUAUGUGGAGAUCGAGCAAGAAGGAUCUCAUACCGAUGUUUGUUACUUUCUUGUUCUGUCUCGCUAUUGGCGUGGAAUAUGGUAUCUUGCUGGGAGUUGGCACAAAUUUGAUGUUUCUACUGUAUCCUUCCGCAAGGCCUACCGUUCAUGUCGAUAAACGCACAACUGAUCAGGGUGCCGAGUACUUAUUGGUCACUCCAGGAAACAGCCUGUACUUCCCAGCUGUCGAUUUUAUCAAGCAAUCAGUCGGCAAUGCUGGUAUAAAGCAAGGAUCUAGUCAAGUGCCGGUUAUCGUCGACUGCAGAUAUAUUUUAGGGGCAGAUUUUACAGCUGCUAAGGGUAUAAAAACGUUAAUUAACGAAUUUAGUAGCCGCAAGCAGGGUCUGUAUUUUUACAACCCACGAUCAGAUGUCGUUACCGUUCUGAAAGGUGCCUGCGGUGACGAGUUUCAGUACGUUUCUACUCAGGAAGAGCUCUCUUAUCUGUUAUCAACCAUUCAAGACAAAUCUUCGCAACAGCUUCUCGAUCAUACGCACGACAAGUCAUACGUACCUUUAACAUUAGGUAACUCAGAGAUGGUUCAUCGGAAUAUACGUGGUUCCUGCCAUGACCUCAGUGAGGUUACGAGUACCCUCCUGCACGCAACCGCGAGUUGAAAUUAAUAAAGCGAAUCGAUAUUCACACUCAUCAAAGUUCUCACGUCGUGAUAUUCUAUUUAUAUAAAGUAUGUGAAAAUGCGUAUCCCCUCUCUUAUUCAAUCUUAUAUACUUAUAUCGAUAUGAAAAUAAAGACGUUGAAGUUUUGUUAAACA